UCUCACUAUCUCUCACACACAGAGCACCCAACCGAGAAAACCAAAAAGAAGCAGCAUUCACGAAUUCACGCACACACGCAUUUACCAUUUUCUCGAUAAUCUUGCAUCGAUUCUGCUUUCCAUUCUCGUGCUUACUUCAACAACCUCUCUCUCACUUUCCAUACUCUCUUUUCCCCCCAAUAUUCGCUUCUCUUUUGUCAAUAUUUUUCCAAAACCCAGGAAGAAACACAGAUCAUAUCCAUAUCCACCUCUGGCUGAAUGCGGAAUGCGAUUGACUGCCCUAGGGGUUUUUGCGGGUUUUCAAAUUAUUAGACUCUUGAAAUAAGCACAUGAAAACAACUGCACAAAAGACCCUUUGAUUGCAGCAAAAAGGCGAUUCCGUCGCCUUGGCGGCCCCCACACUCCGGCCCGACAUCAUGUGAGGGGGUUCAAUCAGGGUACGCAGUAGUCCGUUAAGGGGGAGGCCUUAACCCACUGUUGCCAGAAACCCAUCCCCCAAGGCCUCACACUGGUGCCUGAGAGAUGGAAGCAACUACACGACAGCAGUGAGAUUCGAACCCAGGCUCAUUGCAGCAAGAUCUGCCCCUCCGUUGCCAACUGCGCUACGCCCUUUGAUAGCUAUAUCUAACAAGGCUCAAUAGACUUUGAUAAAUCCUUUUUAAAUCUCAUUUCAAAUUAGGUCAAAUAGUUUCUGUGUUCGUUCAUUUGGAAGGAUGGUGCUUGUCUUUUCAUUUGCUAACUUUGAUUGUUAAUACUAUAUUUUCCCUGUUGCUGGUUGUUGUUUGAGGUUAUUAUAAUGGAUUAAGCACGUAGAGGCUAUUUGUUGUGUUGGUGAAAGGUGUGCCAUUCCAUAGGAGACAGGGUAUUAUCAAGUCCUAUAAGGUACAGUAAUUCAGAGUGAUGGGGCGUACUUUAAGAACUGUUGGGACACUUAAAGCUUAUCAAAACCAGGCUGGUGUGUUGGUCAAAAACUAUGUACUAGCGGAUCCUUACAUUCCAUAUACUUCUAUUGUUCUUGGAAUAUUGACUUGCAAAUUGGCCUAUGAUCUGAGUCAGAUAAUCAGCACGUUUUAUUCCAGAAAUUAUAAUGCCCUCACCAAGAUUCAAAGGACGGAGUGGAAUAACCGUGGCAUUUCCACUCUUCAUGCUGUUUUUAUUUCGAUUAUGUCUUUGUACUUUGUAUUCUGGUCUGAACUCUUCUCUGAUAAAAAUCAUUCUGGAUUAGUUACAUUCAGAAAUUCAUCUAUCUCAACACUUGCACUUGGGUUAUCUGUUGGAUACUUCUUGUCAGAUCUUGCGAUGAUCUGUUGGCGGUAUCCUUCUUUGGGUGGACCUGAGUAUCUUCUCCAUCACUCGCUUGCGGCAGUUGCAGUUGCAUAUGCAAUGUAUAUGGGGGAGGGUCAGCUUUACACAUUUAUGAUACUGAUAUCGGAGGUAACAACACCUUGGAUCAAUAUUAGAUGGUAUCUUGAUGUAUCUGGAUUGAAGAGAUCCAGUGCAUAUAUUAUCAACGGAGUCAUUAUAUUUUUUAGUUGGUUGGUGGCAAGAAUUCUUUUGUUUGGUUACAUGUUCUACCACGUCUAUCUUCACCACAACCAGGUAAUGAGGAUGCACACUGCUGGUUCUCUUCUGGUGUUUGUUGUACCUGUGGCACUCGCGAUCAUGAACUUGAUGUGGUUUGGGAAGAUCCUCAAGGGUUUGAAGAAGAACUUAUUGAAAAAGACGUGACCAUCUGUAGUAAACUACUUCACCAGGAUAUGGCAAUGUUGUAGACAUCCCCGACUUUUGUGCGAUUAGUGACUCAGAUUCGGAGGGAAAGAGGAAGGUCCAACAACAUAGACAAAAGUCAGAUAGGUUUCACACACUUGGUGCUGGAAAUCAACAUGCUGUCAAUACUUCCAACCGACCACGUUCCAUGUCUAAAGACAAAAAAGAGAUGAUAUGAUUCUCUACAUUUAAUUCUCUCUCUUGUAUAGUGGCUGAUAUUGAGCAGGAAAAACAGAUCUGUAGGGGAGAAUGUAAAGAGCACUUUUCUAUAUGUACAUUCUGUCUGUAUUUGAGUCACUGGUAAAACAUCGUUUUUUGGCUGUUCGAAA